AUGUCCUCUUCCUACCAAAACGCUACUCGAGCUUCUCGACGCCCUAAUUACCGACCACAGACGCCGCCUCAAUACCGCAACGAGGCGGUUUCGACCAAAGACCGCCAACCCAUCCGGCCCUCCUUUCCUGAAACGUUCCUAGACGACAUCACCCCAAUUGACCACUACAAUAGCAAUAAUAGUAAUAGCCACAGUGACGCUAGGGAUGUGGACUCAAUUGACGAAGACGAGCGGGAUCCACACGACCUGUCCCUGAAUCCGACCCUUGGUGUGCGCUCGUCGGUCGUAGAUAACAUGCUCUUGUCUCUCGACCAGUUCUCCGCUUCUAACACGACCGAUUGUCCCUUUGACGACAGCCUCCCUUACGAUUCGCCUCAUCAGCAACAGGAAACCUUUUCACAUUAUCACUCAUACCACCAUCCAUCUAACAGCAAUAGUAAUAUCCAUAAUAAUAGUACCCACGGCAACAACAAUACUAAUUUCAACAUCAGCAACAACUCCCGGUUUCGGUCUCACACUCUCUCCUCCUCGGUCUCGUCAGACGUGGAGACCUACACUCACCAGGAUAGCAGCGGACACGGGCACCGGCACCGUCACAACAGCCACGGAUCGAAAGGCAGAGAAUAUCGCAGCAAUAGCAACCCGAACAGCAAACAGCCCACGAUCCGUCACAUUGACGGUAGCUCUGAAGGGGAACGACUGAGCUACAGGAGCAAAGUGUAUGAUUCACAGCGGGCAAUCAGCUCUAAUGACCGUAUCAUGCAAAGUCGGACAACUCCCAACUUUAUAAGAAGAGACAGCGCCGGCAGUACGUCCUCGAGUGUUGACCUGAACGAGAUGCUCGCCACCACCUCAAUCUACGGAACACGAAGAUCGGCCAGCUUCGACUACGGUUCGACCUUCCCGUCACGAGCCAAUAAGAGACACCCUUCUUUUGGUCAUUGUGAUACCAUGAUGCAGUACGACGACAUGAAUGCUGCCCCGACACCAACGGUCCCCGUAGGCCCUAGGAAGAACCACUCUCCUUCCGUCAUCGCUGACCAUGCUGGCAACGCCUAUAGUUCGACACCCCCCGGCUCUUCUGCUCGGCCCGCCGGCUUGGUCCGCAAAAAUAGCACAAAGUCCGCGCGAAGCAUGUACUCGAGGAAAAAUAAGAGUGACACGCUGGGGACCUCUACAAUCAGAGGCCGAAAUGACGAGUAUAAUAAAUAUUUCGGAGACGACCAAAACGAUAUUCCUCCUGUGCCCUCUUUGAACCAGGUACCGGCACCUAGUCCUACCAUUGCGCGCUCAAAACAACAGCCUCCCAGUCAUUUCCCUCCUGAGAACGUCAGUACACCACCAACAAAGGAGCGUCAGGGCUUCUUUAGACGGGUAUUUGGCUCCAGACAAUCCUCUCCUUCUCAGUCCGACGUGAGCCCUCACUCUGCGCGAGGUAACGAGUAUUCAGACCCCUCGAGGUACGAUAGCAUUUCAAUACACCCGAAACCCUAUAGGCCGCCGCCCCCAAGGGAUCCCGCAACUACCAAUAAUGCCACUCGUGAGAACCCUCCCGUCGUAACGAAGAAGCCGUCGUCCUUUUUCCGCAGACGCAAAAAAUCUGUAAUUGAAAACGUCCCUCCGCCUCUCAAUCUACCACUCUCAAAUCUCAGCUCUACGGAAAUAGGAACCGAUAAAUUGAAAGUCAAGACAGCAUCGGGAUCUACUCGCACAGACAGCCUCAGCAGGGUUAUGAAACCGUAUCUGUCGGACAUGGAUUCGCCGGAGGUUUAUAACAGUGGCAAGUCACAAGAUCAGCAGGAAACAGACGAGUCUGAUACCGAAUCUCCCAUCGGAAGAGAAUAUAACCAACUCAAGGAACCCAAAACCAAGACCCCUAGGAAACUUCAAAAACUGCCCCAUUUGUCUAACUCCCAACCUUCUGGUCAAACAGUGGGUGCUGCAAACGCAACUAAGACUAGUGCCCGUUCAAGAACCAACGACUUUGACAGUUCGUUCCUAGCAGACAGCAGUGGGAAUGAAGGGCUGGGGGCAAGACACCCAGAAGACAAGCGAUCGCGCAGACCGCGGACAAGUCCAGAUGCCCCUGCUCAACCCUCACAGCAUUCCGCUCUCAGGCCCAAACGUGAACUUGUCCUUUCUGAUCGUGUAAAUGCUGGAAAGUCCCAGAACAGCGAGUCGAAUUCUAGCUCUUUACUGGAACCGGCGAUUUCCCCAGCGCACUCAAAGAGGAACCAGCAGACCUCAGCCCCAGCCAGCCCAAAUACCACCGACACUGAGCCCUCCAGGCAAAAACAAUCAGGUCUUUACAUCGAUACGUCUGGAAGGUCUGUGUUGACUACAGAAAAAGAUAAAUCGCCUCGGAUAUCAACGUCGACUUCAAACGCCUCUAAUUACCAUACUGCACAAAAUACCCCCGUCAUCCCCGGCAGUGACGAGAAUCUAGCUUGGGGAAAUACAACAACGGAACAACUACAGAGUAGCGUGGAUACAAUUAACAACGGGUUUGAGGAAAAUAUGCCCAGCCCCGAAGAUAGGCGACAGGCUCAGCAGUUGUUUGACAAUCUCGAUGAGAUGGCCGCAGGGCGAUAUACGGCUGCUUGGCUCGGUACACCUGACAGGGGAAUGCUUCGAAAGGCAUAUAUGGAUCACUUUGACUGGUCAGAUAUGAAUAUUCUUUCAUCCCUAAGGAGUUUAUGCUGUAAGAUUGCGUUGAAGGAUAUCGAGCAAAAGAUGACCAAGCCGCAAUUCAUUAAAAACACCAUGCCCACCAUUCAACGAGUUGUAGCAGAAGCCGCCCCAGAUGCAUUUAGCUCGUCUCAACAAUCAAGACCUCAGACCAAGCAGGUGCCAGAAGCAGAGAGGACAUGCCUUACGAAAAACUUCCCCAAACCAUCUCUGGAAAAACAGCCUAGCCAUUCACCCACUAGUGCAGAAAAAUCCUACGAAACGCCGACUAUUGAUAUUCCAAUUAUUGAAAUGCCUACCAUACCACCUCCUCGUCUUUCAAGCCGUGCCUCAUUCAUCGAUAUAGGUCAUGGGCUCAGUGCUCUGGCUGGCCCGCUUGUGUCCACUCCGUUUCACGGAUCAAUGAAGGCAUGGGAGGCACAAAUUGAGGCAGUUCUCAAAGAAUUUUAUAACUCGAUCCAAAAGCAGAAACUUCCGCUGAGAGGUGUCACAACGGAGAACGAUGACCAUAUUCACUCUUCUGGCGGAUUCCUUACGCUUACUUCCAACAUGCUUCGAAGGACUCCAAGUACGAUCAGUCGGGCCGGUGUGGGAGAGCACCGAGGCCGCGGUGGCGCUGAGAAUCGCCUAAGCACUGCUCGGUGGUCCUCAAAGGCCAGGUCUCGUCCCCGUCUUUACCCACCAUCUGCGAUGGGUUCGAGCCGUACAAGCUUAGACGACCAGUCGUCAAUGUGGUCGCCUUCUGGCUCUAGUACCUGGAGCAAGAACUCGCUAGGCAAGACGCUAACGUCCAUGUCUGUCGACUCCUUCGCGUCUGAAUUCCCGCGAGGCGACUAUCAGCAAUCAAUUGGCUUCGCAAACGCCUUGAGCCAUGCCAUUAUCCGUGAAGAUUCUGCCCACUCGAUAGCUCCGUCAGAGGACCCAGCGCGAGUUGCAAUGGUUCUAGAAGACGAGAGCCUCGAACUUGCGGGUGCCCCGUGGGCAAAAGAAGGGAGCCUGAAACACAAACAUCAUCUUGACUCGAUCGACAAGCGUUCAAAGGAUAGAAACUGGAACGAGACAUUCGCCGUGAUCCAACGUGGCUGGAUGCGUCUCUUCUCAUUCAACUCCAACAACAAGUCCACUCGCCUUAGACCCAAACAACGCCAGAAUGCAGGCAUGGUGGUCGGAGGCGGCAACUGGAUGGAGAAUGCAGAUGAGACGUGGAAGUUCCUCCUUCGACAUACCAUUGCCAGCGCGCUUCCGGCUCCGGGAUACUCCAAAUCCCGCCCUCACGUAUGGGCUCUCAGCCUGCCCACAGGCGCCGUACACUUGUUCCAAGUGGGCACGGCAGACAUCGUGAAGGAGUUCGUCUCGACGGCAAACUACUGGAGCGCGCGCCUCUCCAAGGGCCCUCUGUUCGGUGCCGUCAGCAACAUUGAGUACGGCUGGAGUGACGCUGUCAUCAACAGUGCAGCCGCGAGCAUCGACGACUCCAACCUCCCUACCAGCGCCCCGUCCACCAGCAGCUCGGCACCGAUUCCCCGACCAAGCCUGCAGAGUUCCAUCCGCAGCUCUCUGGACAAGCAAGGCGUCCGCCCUCGCCUGCCAGGCGAUCGGAUCGUGCUCAGCGACUGGCGACCCCCACAGCAAAGCAUGAUGGCCUCCACCUCUUCCGAAGCCGAACAGCUGGAGACCCUCCGCAGCUACGUGAAGCACGUCGAGCAGGAACUUCAGCGCCACAACGAGCUGCGCCCUGCUCUCAUGCUUGCCUUCACCCCGAGACACGCAAACUACUCCAAGGCGCUGCAUAACUGGGAGCGCAAGUCUUCCUAUCUUCUAAGAGAAAUUGUCAAGUUCCGCACCUAUAUCGACAGUCUGGUCUGGGCAGAGACGCAGAGAGAGCGAAUCUACCAGGCCGAUGCCGCAAAAGAGGAUGAAUCGAACGCCGCCUGA